AUGCCACAAGGGAAACUCCUCUCGUGGAACAAAGUUGUUGUCUCCGGCGAGGAUCAGCCGGAGUGGGCGUUCAACGGAGACGAGGUUGCCCAGACAUCGCCAACAGAGACCGCGAGGCCAAGGACAGGAUUUUUUGCUGGGAUGAAAGAUCCGCGCCAGGGUCGAGAGGAGAGCGCUUCAAAACCGAAACGGGCCGUGAUGGUGUCGGGCUCCAUGCUAUGCUGCUGCCAGCGGCGAAGGAGGCAGGACGAGUUACACACUCUGAAAUCCGCAGACAGCAAGCAGCCUCUCCUCUACUACUCUACCAAUACUAUUCUUCAAGUCACAACCGCCCUCCCCGGGAAUAGAAGACCUCGCUUGAAUUGGGCCGCAGACUCCUGA